GAUCUCGGCAAAAAGUCUCACGAUUUAUUUCCAGAACAUGAUGCAUGAUGGGAUACACUUAGCCUUGAAUAGCGCUCUGGAGUGGUAUUCGAGAUAGUGUGGAUUUAGUAUCCAUUAAGGGCACUGCACUUUGGCAUUUUGAAGACAUGGGACAGACUUGCACACUUACUUCCUGUCGCGCGCACGCGCUCUCAAGUGGCCAAGACCGCAAGUGUGGGUAUUUGGACAAGGGGUGUGUUUUGUAGGUGUUGUUGGCCUCCACAUGAGUGUCAAACACUCCCCGUUUAUGGGGCAGCCUCACUUCCCUCACGAUUACCCAGACAGCCCUGCAGGACAGCGCUUCCAAUCAGAGCAGGAGGCGGAGCUUCUAGAAAAGUUCAAAAGACGUCCUCCAUCCAAACGCACCAACUACAUCAAACACGGCUGCUUGGAGCCGUUCCGUUGCCCCUGGCAACAGCUGACGGAGGAGUGGGAGGAGCUAGUGAGCACAGAGACGGCUAGCGGCUGCAGAACUGGACCCUUCACUGUUCUGAGGUCAGUCACAUGCUACACCACUCACAGAGACGAUCGAUCGCUGUGUCACACGAUCGUCUCUGUGUCUGCAGGAGUCUGAAGGCGCUGUCGGCGCUCCUCACCUUUGACCCCUGUGGCGGCUGCGGAGCUAUGGCGGGAAUGUGGGUGGAGUCUGGUGUGGGUGCGUCUGCAUCUGUUGAGCAAAGGCCAGCCGGCGCUGCAUGCGAUGGUGUGUGUCCCGACGACCUCUGACCUCCAGCGGCUGCUUCAGGACGCACACAGCAGUGGGCCGCAGGAUCCUGGGCUCAGAGAGCAGCUCAAACGGGGCGAUGUGAGGAGCGUGCCCCGCGUUCUGCCCCACUGCAGCCGGCUGACGCUGGGAGACUUCUCUCUGGCUGCAGCUGGAGCAUCAGCAGCGACGUGUGAAGCAGUCUGUGCUCAGCGUGACUUCUGUUCUCAUUAGGCUGCUGUUUGAUCACAGACCGAUGCGUGUCGCACCUCACAGACUCAAUAUACAGGAGAGCAUGUGCUAAAACUUUUCAGGU